GUCAUGCAUUACAAAAGUGAGGUUAGAUUUUUUUAUUUACUGACAAACGAAUAUUUCUUAGGACAUCCUACAUGUGCUUAACAAUUUUUCUUAUUUAAAACAUUUUUCAAAUAUCCCUUCCUUGGAGAUAAUGAUGAAAACGAAGAAAAAUUUAAAAAGAAAACGUUCUACAAUGGAAGAAGCUGACACCGAACCUGUACCUCUGCCAGCUAUCCGAUAUUCUGACAAACCUAUAGAAAAAAAGAAAAAAUGGGUGAACAGGCAAAGAGUCCUUGUAUUUGCAUCAAGAGGAAUCAACCACAGAGACAGACAUUUAAUGGAAGAUCUGAAAAAACUCAUGCCUCACCACAAACCGGAAUCGAAGAUGGAACGAUCGAAAACAUUGAGCGUUAUCAAUGAAAUGUGCGAAAUGAAAAAUUGCAGUAAAGCCAUCUUGUUUGAGGGAAGGAAAAAACAAGAUUUGUAUAUGUGGAUGUCAAAUGUUCCUAAUGGCCCUAGUGUGAAGUUUUUAGUAGAAAAUGUUUCUACUAUGGAAGAAUUAAAACUGACGGGUAAUUGUCUGAGAGGAUCGAGGCCACUUCUGAGUUUUGACCCCAGCUUUGAAAAAGAGCCCUAUUACAAUUUGUUAAAAGAAAUUUUAACACAGAUAUUUGGGGUGCCCAAGCAUCACCCCAAAAGUCAACCGUUUUUCGACCAUGUUUAUACUUUCGCAAUUCUAGACAACAGGAUAUGGUUCAGAAACUUCCAGAUUUUGUCUGAAGAUGGGGCUUUGGCUGAAAUUGGGCCCAGAUUUGUCUUAAAUCCAGUGAAAAUCUUCUCUGGUAGUUUUGGUGGAGUUCCACUGUGGGAAAAUCCACAUUACAUGAGUCCUGCCAGAUAUAGGCAACAAGUUCGACUGGAAGCUAAAAAUAAAUAUGUGAAUAGAGUUCAACAAAAAGCUAACUUUGAAGCAACUAAACCAGAAGGUGAUAGCUACAAACUGAAGCCUUUGGAUGAUAUAUUUAAGGAGAAUCCUGUUAAGAAAGCUUAUGAUUUGAAAAAUAAAAAAUAAAUGAGUUUUUAGUUUUUGAUA